GUUAAGGACGGUAGACGAAACCGCAUCAAAAAUUUAUGAAUUUUGAAUUCACACACACACACAUUAUAGUGGGCAGCUGUGUUGUGCUGUGCUUAGAAAAAGAGAGAGUUGUGAGAUAUCCUUUAAGGUGUUAUGAAAUUAAAGCCAAUUUUUGCGAAAAUACAAAAUACAAAUUGAAGUGUACAAGAAUAAGCAAAAAUUUUAAAAAUUCAAAUAAGAAAUCAAACAACAAAAGGAAUAUUAAAAAAAAAUACAAAUCUAACAUUGAUUGAUUAACGCAUCUAAAAAAGUAACAACAAAACAUAAGGAAUACAAGAAAGCAAGCCAGCAAAAAAAUCACAAAAAUAUAACGCUAUAAUGGGGUAAAAGGUGUUGUUGUCAUGUUCGUUUGUUAACGCCUAAUGGUAUGAUUUAAAUGGCAAGUUCACUAAACGAUUUCCGUUGCCUUUGCCUUCUCCACUGAGAUACAACAAAACGGCCAUAAAAUUUCGAAACGCAGGUGUUAAAAUAGGCGUGCGACUUCAAUGUGUGUGCGCUAGUGUAUGCGUGUACGCGUAAGCAUGCAAUAGAAUGUGUGACGGUGAUUGUGUUGUUUUCGUAGUUGUUUAGGUUCCCAAACGAAGAUAAACGGCAUGUUAGCGUGAGUGACGGUAUGUCGGUGAAUAUGUGACAACAUUUUUCCCAACGAGCUGUCUGUCAAAGCAUUUGGCCUACACAACUUUUCGCCCUCCCUCCAUACACUGGCAACCAGCCUUAAGGCAGGCAACGAAAGCCAAGCAAACCCAACCAACAUUUACAUUUGUAAAUGUCUACGGCUCUUGAAGAGUAGAACACCAGCAAAGAGGGUUAGUUGUGAGGAAAUAUUAUCAUUGCUUUUAUAUGCAGACACGCUGUAAUAAAUUAAUUUGCACUUUUUUUUCGUUGCUCACAGUGCGGUGUUGUGUUGAAUGACAGUGCCGGGUAAGAGUGUGAAUACCCCAAAAAGUAUGCUGUAAACAAAUCAAAUAUUAUCUUUAUACCUUAACUCAAAUAAACGAAAGGCACAGGCAUGAGCAUAAGGCGCAUUAGCAAUAAAAAUAAUUUUUAUUAAAGUUCAAAUGAAUUUAUGGCGCAAAAAAAAUAAAAGCCUCCUAUUCAAGGCUAAUUGAGAGUAGAAGAAGAAGAAAAAAAGGAAAAAGUAAACAUCUGAAACAACAAAAAUAAUGAACAAGGCAUACACUUCAGUUAAGAAUUGUAGGAAUUUGUGUGAAGGUUUUGUGUAGCCUGUUUAAAAGAAGGAAGUGAAUAAAUGAAUACUCUCCAAGGCCAUUAAAACACAAGAAUGGCAGUGCUUGUGUUUCCUUUCUACAUUGAUGAUGAACAUUCGUUAGCCUUAUCAUUGCCAUUGACGGAAAUGUAAAUUUGAUUUGUUUUCCCUUCGGUAUCAUUAAACAACAACAGCAUUAUCAUUAACCUAGACAUUAUGUGUUAACGCUGAAACUCAUUCGUGGAAAUUUUUUUACAUCAAAAGAUUCUCACGAAAUUUGGCACGAAGAAUUCUCUUAUGAUUUUCGACAUUACUGAGCCUCAUAUGGUAGCAGUUUUUUGAAAGCAAAACUACUGCAGCAAUCGUUGCGAUACAAACGAAUCAGCCAUGCAUUGUGCCGCAGUAGACGUGCAAAUGCCUCAACUUCUACAGCAUUUGCCAUUGCUACAGAGACAUAAAUUUUGCUUAAGAUAAAACUUUAUAAACAUAACACAAAAAGAAGCAAAAACUGAAGACAAUAACAAACGUGUUUCUCUACAUCUUUGGAACAUUUUUGUUUUAGUUUGUGAUAUUUUCUUUUGGCAGGAGUUCCCGUUUGGUUUGUUUAUUUUCCUUACUUCGUUGUUUUGUGUUUUUUUUCGGUUUUAUGGCAAUGAGGAGUCCUGUAGCUUCUCUGCGGUACCAUUAAGCUCUAUAACUACACAUUUGCCCUGGCAUUGGGCUGUGUUGCACAAAACAAAAAAAAAAAAAAAAAAAACCAAUAACUGCACAGUCAUGAGCUCCAAGACACAGUUCUGUUUUUUAAAUCUACGCACCUAUCUGAUAUAUUUGUGCUGUUAUCUGCUGGUCGUGGUGGCUGCCGGUUCUCGGGUGGUCAAUGGUUUGAAAUGUUAUUGCAAUCCCAAGGAAUGUGAUGUUAUACGUUCGCUGGACUGCCCGGGCAAGGGUCUUAUAGUUUUGGAUCCAUGCAAUUGUUGUCCUAUUUGCGCCAAAACAGUGGGAGAGGUAUGCGGCGGUCCUGGAGAUUUUUCAGGACGCUGCGAGCCUCCCCUCAAAUGUGUGGCCAAAUUACCUACCGCCAAUGCAUUGGGAGUUUGCAUGGAUUUAUCAUUUUCCAGUACCCCAACAUCUACAUCAUAUCAUCAUCAUUUGCAUCAUGAAAAUUGUACAAAAUCAGAGAGAAUACGAAUUAAAAAAGGGUGCGAGAUCAUCGACAAACGCUGUCAUUGUUGGCCAACGUUAAAAGUAUGUCGCAAUCAAGUGAACACCGGUUCGGGGUCAAGAAUUUUACGAUGGCACUUUAAAACGCUCGAGGACUGCCAGGUGAAUUUAGUGAGUCUUAUCAAAACAGAAUUGGAUUUCGAUGAGGACUAUACAAUAGCACCGAAUCUAUUUUCACAUAAAAAGAUAAGAAGAAGGAAGAAAUUUCGAACAAAAAUUGACAACGAUGUAGACUAAUGCUGAUAGUUUCUACAGAGCUUAAGCCAAAAUCCCAAAAGCUGCCCACGUAGGAGACAUUUAACAACAAACCAACUAUCAACAACAACAAACAAGCAACAAUAAAUGACCACCCCUUUAUACUCCACAAAUGAUUAAUGGAGGCUUUUGAUGAAAAACUUAAAACAAACGGUAAAAGUAACCACAAAUUUUCCAUUUUGUAUAAAUGUAUUGUAUAAAAAAAAAGCUUAAACAACAAAAAAAAAACACAAAAAACUAAAUGCCAUAUAGAAAAAAACAUAUAUCGAUGUAUUAGUGUUAAAAUGAAAAAAAUAUAUAUUUCGCUAAGAAAAAGAAACAUUAAACAAUUAUGCGAAAUAUUAAAAAAGCUUCAAUAAAAUAUUAAAAAGAAAACAAAAAACUUUUUUAUAAAAAAAGUUAUGAAAACAAAUUACAAAAAAAUGUAUUAUAUAUAAAACAAAUUGAAAAUAAAUGUUAACUAAGAAAAAAUAUUAGUAAACUUACAUUAUAGAAAUUAUAAUAAAAAAAUAUAGAAAAUUUACAAGAACAAAUAUCAAAAUGUUGCCAUAUACAUAAAUGAAAAGAUCUAAUAAAAGAAGCUUUUUCGUUUUUUAGAAUUUUACCACAAACGAAACAAAUAUCAAAUGGAACUGUAAUGAAGACAUGCAACUUAUAACCGGACAAUAGAAAUAAGCUGUUCAAAUUAAAUAUUUAUCAAAAAUAAUAAAACAAGAUAUAUAUACUUUUUUUUGCAAGAAUAUAAAAAAAAUAAAAUACUUCCAGAUUCCAAAAAGAAAAAAACUAAAGUUUAAAAGCUUGUACAGCUUCAACAACUUUCAAAGGUCUCAGCUCUAACUAACCCCUUUCAAAAUAACCUAAAUAGCUUGCAUAACCCAAAACUUUGUUUAAAAAUCAUCCAAAAAGCUUCUAUGCUUUCUAUGGUCUUAAGUUGUUCAAUAUCUAAACUUUGACGAUAUCUAACAAAAUAUACUAUUUAUUUUGUUUUCAACAGGCUAUAUAACUCCAUAUAGUAUAUCAUUAGUAAGUUAAACAUUGGCAAUAAGCCCCAAAAAACAUAUACUUGCAUAUAUUUGUCUAUAUA